UUUUCCACGAGAUAAAGCAUCAGUUUGUCGAAUCGUGCGAUACUUUCUAUAUAAUUCUAUAAGAGCAUAUACGUAGAUGCACUAGGUACACUUUGUCUAGUGCGCGCGUGCGUGUCUUUCUAAGAUAGUCACCACCGUCGCAACGGUACAAUUAAAAUGUCGCGCACCUUUUAUUCGUGGCUUCUGACAUCUCUCGUAGUACAUGCAUACGCGACACCGCAGAAAUUCAUAGAAGUGCACGACUUGAAUUCUAAGGAAUUGUCACCCGUGGACCAAUUAGCUCCGAUAAAUCCUGCUCUACACACCUUUCCGACAAUUCCCACGGUUCCUCUCUUGCCGAAUUGUGCGAAGCAGGGCUACUUGAGAGAUCCGUUCAACUGCGGCAAGUUUUAUCGUUGCGAGCACAGUCGUGGCGUACCAGUGGCUUAUUAUUGCCAACCAGGAACAAUAUUCAAUACGCUGACGGAAUCGUGCGAUCAUCCGCAGUACGUGCAGUGUUGACCGCUCUUCAAUGUGCGUAUCUUGCUGAAUUUCUCAAGCUUUUAGGUGUAGGUACAUUUAAGAAACGUAGUAACAAUGUCGCGUGCCGUUGUAGAUGUGAGAAAUUUAUCAAUUGAAAAUCUAGCGCUUGAAAUAGAUGCCUAAAUUUGAA